AUGUAUCUCAUGCAAUUAAUAUAUUCUACUACUUUUCUUCUUGUUAUACAUUAUUGUUCAUCAAAUGAAGAUAUAUAUAAAGAAGAAUUAUAUAUCCGUCCUUUAGCAAGUGGUCAUACAUAUUUCAAUCUUUUAUUUACAACUGUUGUUUCAUCUGAUAUUCUUAAAUCAAACAUUAUUCAUCAUUAUCAUUUAUUUCCAAAAGUAAUUGCUGAUGUUGUUCGUUCAAAUGGUGUUAGUGAAUUUCAUGUUUCAUUAACACAAGGUUUAUGGCGAUAUGAUCGAUGGGGUAUGCCAAUUGUUGGGGCACCACCAGGUGCAGAAGUUUGGGCAUGGUUUAAUCAAGAUGAAGAAAAAGAUGUAUCAUCUCGUUGGACAUCAUUCGCACAUGAAUUAGGUGGUCUUCUAUGUGCAUCUCUUAAUUUUGUUGAUUCCAAUGUGAGUUCAAGUUCACCACAUCAUUCCUUUCGACCUCAAUCAAUAGUACCUAAAUCAAAAACUUUCAAAUUAGAUAAUUCAUUACUUCGAUAUGCAGUUUUACCACGAGAAAUUGUUUGCACUGAAAAUUUAACACCAUGGAAAAAACUAUUACCAUGCGUCGCUGGUGGUUCAAAUCAUAAAGGUCUUGCAGGAUUACUUGAUAAUGCACCAAAAUUACAUCAUAGUGCUUAUCAUUCACUUCGAAUGGAUUUAAGACAAAUAUGUGCUAAUACUGAAUGUACAUUAACUCAACUUGAAUUAUCUAUGGGCUUAGCUAUUGUUGUUGAUACAGCGACAUCAAAACCAAAUUAUAAUGAAUGGACAUUUCGUUCAAUUUUUGGUUCAAAUAUAGCACAAUCAUGUCCACUUAGUUCACUUACGAAUAUUUAUGUUGAUUUACAAUUAUCUUCAACACAUACAUUUAAUAUAAGUCCUGAGCCAGAUUAUACAAUUAAGCAAGGACAAACUCCAAUUAUUGUUUAUGAUUUACAUAAUGAAAAACGAAAAGGUACAACAUUCUUAAUGAGUUGUAAUUAUAAUAAACAACAACAAAUAUCUUCGACUGAUAAUCAAAAUAACAAUUCAUUACCCUCUAUUAUGGUUCAUCGAUAUGCUACUGGUUAUGGUGCUCGUGAUGGUGGUAUUAAAACUGUGAUAAAACUUAAUGAACAAGAUCAAACUGAACAAAUUACAUUACUUUAUUUCGAACAAAUUCCAUGGUAUUUUCGCGUUUUUCUACAUACACUUAAAAUAACCACACUUGAUGAUAAUAGUAUUGAAAUAAAACCUGAACAUAUAUCAUAUAUACCUGGUAAAGAUCGUCAACGAUCUUAUCAAUUAGAAUUAGUAGUUAAAACUCAACAAUCAAUUAUAAUUAGUUUUGAAUUUGAAAUGGCAUUUUUAAAAUGGAAUGAAUUUCCACCGGAUCCAAAUCAUGGAUUUUAUAUUCCAAGUGCUGUUGUAUCAACAUAUCUACCAUCAAAAUCAAAUUAUAUUCUUCGAUCACUUAAUUCAUUUUCUUUAAAUCAAAGUCUUUCAUCGUCAUCAUUCGAUGGUUUUGUUCGAGUCUAUUCAGAAUCUUUACUUGUAAAUCUUCCAACACCUGAUUUUAGUAUGCCAUUUAAUGUGAUUUGUUUGGGUUGUACUGCUGUUGCACUUGCCUUUGGUGGUUUACAUAAUUUAACGACAAAAGAAUUUGGUUUUGGUGAAAAACGUCCAAAAAUUCCAUUUCGACAACGUUUAGAAGAUCUGAAAUUUCGCUUAAGAGCUUCUCGUCAUGCUCUUGUUCAACGUUUAUUUAAAAAAAAACAACAUGAGCAUACUGAAUAA